GGAGUGCGGCGCGGGCGGUGUCUGGCUAGCCGACACCUCCCCCAUCGGGCCGCGCAGCACCAUCUUUGUCCUCUCCCCGCGCUUUGUCCCUGCGUCUGUCCCUCGGCCGGCCGGGGAGCGCCGCCAAGCAGCCCCCGCGCCGCGCUGGCGUCGUCCUCGUCCCCCUCGCCGCCCACCGCGCGCGGCCGGGCCUUGCCUCCAAUGGUCUCCCGACCUGAGCCGGAGAGCGAGGCCAUGGAUGCGGAGCUGGUGGUGACGCCGCCGGGUUGUUCACACCUGAGCAGCUUUAAGGUGGACAACUGGAAGCAGAACCUGCGGGCCAUCUACCAGUGCUUCGUGUGGAGCGGCACAGCGGAGGCCCGCAAGCGCAAGGCAAAGUCAUGUGUCUGUCAUGUUUGUGGUAUCCACCUGAACAGGCUUCACUCUUGCCUCCAUUGUGUCUUCUUUGGCUGUUUCACAAAGAAACAUAUUCACGAACAUGCGAAGUCGAAACGGCACAACCUGGCUAUAGAGCUUAUGUAUGGAGGUAUCUAUUGCUUUUUGUGUCAAGACUACAUAUAUGAUAAAGACAUGGAAAUCAUUGCCAAAGAGGAACAACGGAAAGCUUGGAAAAUGCAAGGCGUUGGAGAGAAAUUUUCAACUUGGGAACCAACCAAACGGGAGCUUGAACUGCUGAAACACAACCCAAAAAGGCGAAAGAUCACCUCUAACUGCACCAUAGGUCUGCGAGGGCUGAUUAACCUUGGAAACACGUGCUUCAUGAACUGCAUUGUCCAGGCGCUCACCCACACACCACUCCUGCGAGAUUUCUUCCUCUCUGACAGGCACAGGUGUGAAAUGCAGAGCCCUAGCUCCUGCCUGGUGUGUGAGAUGUCAUCCCUUUUUCAGGAGUUUUACUCCGGGCACCGGUCUCCCCACAUCCCGUACAAGUUGCUGCACUUGGUAUGGACUCAUGCCCGGCAUUUGGCAGGGUACGAGCAGCAGGAUGCCCAUGAGUUCCUCAUCGCGGCCCUGGAUGUCUUGCACCGGCAUUGUAAAGGUGAUGAUAAUGGGAAGAAGGCCAACAACCCCAACCACUGCAAUUGCAUCAUAGACCAGAUCUUCACAGGCGGGCUGCAAUCAGAUGUCACUUGCCAAGUCUGCCAUGGAGUCUCCACCACAAUAGACCCCUUUUGGGACAUCAGUUUAGAUCUGCCUGGCUCUUCCACACCAUUCUGGCCCCUGAGCCCAGGGAGUGAGGGCAGCGUGGUGAAUGGGGAAAGCCACGUAUCAGGAACCACUACACUUACAGACUGCUUGAGAAGAUUUACCAGACCAGAGCACUUAGGAAGCAGUGCCAAGAUCAAAUGUAGUGGUUGCCAUAGCUACCAGGAGUCUACUAAACAGCUCACCAUGAAGAAACUGCCCAUUGUAGCCUGUUUUCAUCUCAAACGAUUUGAACACUCGGCCAAACUGAGGCGGAAGAUUACCACAUAUGUGUCCUUUCCCCUGGAACUAGACAUGACCCCCUUCAUGGCAUCCAGCAAAGAGAGCAGAAUGAAUGGACAGUACCAGCAGCCAGCGGAUAGUCUCAAUAAUGAUAACAAAUACUCCUUGUUUGCAGUCGUUAACCACCAAGGGACCCUGGAGAGUGGCCACUACACCAGCUUUAUCCGGCAGCACAAGGACCAGUGGUUCAAAUGCGAUGAUGCCAUCAUCACCAAGGCCAGCAUUGAAGAUGUGCUGGACAGUGAGGGAUACUUACUGUUCUAUCACAAACAGUUCCUGGAAUAUGAGUAAUCUUAUCCUCAUCUGGUCAGAAAAAUGAAGGCCAAGAGUUGGCAGGCCUCAUAAAAUGAUCCCCGAGAUCCCCAACAUCAUGAUACUACCACUCACAGAAGUGCCCCCGAGAGCAUCAGAUUCCUGUGCAACCUGGACCUGGAGGAGGCAGCAGCAGUUAUUGCCCAGGAUUGUGGGGUUUGAAUGGACAAGCACUGUGGUGGGAGGAAACACCAGGAACUGCACAACAGAAAAAAACAUGUAAUGAAGGACGUGUUCUGCAUGGGAAGGGGCAGAGCAUGUGUAUCACUAGUGUAUCUUCUUUGCUCUUCAGUGUGUGAGUGAGAGGCACCCCCACACUGUGGAGUAGCCUUGCCCUGGUGCUUCACUUCCACCGCAUGACAGUGCAGAAUUAAAAAGGCACCAGUCCAUUUUAAAAUUAUGGGUCCAUUAAAGCAGUAGAGAAGACAAAAAUAUUGUGCAAGGAAAGGGGACAUUGCAAGUAUCUUUGUCUUUGUGAGUUUUAGUAUUAACUAUGUAUAGUAUGAAACUCUUAGCUUCUGUUUUGUCAGCCCCCACCCCCAGAGCCUGUGGAACUGAAGACAUUAACUGAGGUUUCCAAGCAUGUCAUUUCUGCAGGUAAUGUAGCAUCACACUGCAUGUGGAAGCAUCAGCCUGGGUGUUCUCUCUCAGUUUCUAGAAAUAGGCAUUUUCUUAUCUUCUCUUUUCCCACAAUGGUGAAUUUCAUAAAUGUAAUGAUAGUAACGUGAGUUUAUACUGAAAUUUAGGUAGUUUUUCUUUUACUCUUGAGAGUUAAUCUUGUUUUUGGUGCUGUUUUGUUGUCCACCCCUACUCCAGAAGCAUUUAUGUCUGGUUAAAGCUAGAAUAUGCAGCAGAGGAGAAUUGGGCUGUAGCUAAUAACUGCCUCUAACAUAUUAAUCUUUUGAGUAGAUGAAGCAUUUUUCAGUGAUUUCAUUGUUUUCCUUCCUCAUAUUUUCUUGGCUGCCUGUCCCACGCCAGCUGUCCCUAUUACUGCUUGGUGGCUGGUGUGUCCGUUUGAAGCUGGAGUAGCAUCCAAUGGAGACUGCAUUACAUUGCUGAGUGCCUCUGUUUUACAUUCAGUUUAGUUUAAAUUGUAGCAGGAAAAGAUAACUUUGUGAUUGAGCUUAUGGGAAGAGCUUAAUGAGCUGAAACAAUAUGUAUCGUUCUUUGUAAGGUAUCUUGCAUGCGUCUGUGUAUCCAAACCCAGACUUAGAUUGUUCGUGCAUUUCUGAGAAAUUAAAACUGAGAGACAUAGGAGAGGAAAAGUUGAUUUAAUAGAGUUUGUGAAACAACCUGGGAAUCCAGUCUGCAUCUGAUCUGUGGAAUAGUCAUUCCUGGAGAAGAGUAGAAUCAUCUUUUUCAGGAUCAGCAAACUUUUUUCAUAAAGAGCCAAAUGGUAAAUAUUUUAGGCUUUUGGGCCAUAUGGUCUCUUGCCAUAGAUAAUAUGUAAACAAAUGAGCCUAGUUGUGUUCCAAUAAAACUGUAUUUAUGGACACUGAAAUUUGAAUUCAUAUAAUUUUCACAUGUCAAAUUUUUUUUCACUGUUUAAAAAUGUGUAAACUAUUUGCUGACUGGCCAUACAAAAGCAGGCAGUGGACCAGUUCUAGCUCAUUAGCUAGUUAAGUUGGCAGGGGGCGGAGGGUAGGGGGAAUCAUACCAGGUAAUUAUUACUUAAUAUGGAAAAAUGCUAGAAUAUGCAAAACAAUCAUACUGCAGAAUCAUAUGGAAAAAUCCCUAGUGAUCUUUUUUAAAUUUUUUUAAUUACAGUCGACAUUCAAUAUUAUAUUAGUUUCAGAUGUACAGCUUAAUGGUAGUUUUUCAAGUACUCUCUCAGUUCAUUCUCAGUUAUAUCUCUGUAUUUAGGAACACAGGUUUUAAAGCAUAUUUUAAAAUAGCAAGCAUUAUCAGAGAAAUAUGGAUGGGUGCAGAUUUUAAGAAAUGGCGCCAUGUUUCCGAGUUCGCGUGUGUCUGCUAUGAAGAUUCUUUGGGGGAGAGGUGUGUCUUUUAAUAAGGAACAAAUCUAAUGGAAAAGGGAAUGAACUGAAGUGUGGGCCUACAGAGUUCUUAGCCUUGAAGUCUCUUCCUGUGGUUUGCCACCUUGUGGCCUCCUUCCUUUACUGGAGUGUCCAAAAUGCAAAGUGGGGACAAAGCAGAUAACCUGUGGUCUGCCCAACCUGCUUCCCAAAUCUGACCCUCCCCUAACACUUUGCUGUAUUUUCUGUAUCUGCUCAUGUUUAGGGGGUCAGUUUUCUCUGAGAACAUGAGGACUUGGAGAGACAGUGGGGCCACAUUUAUCUUUUGCAGACAUUAUUUUAAACAUUUGUAUUCAAAUUAGUUCUCUUUAUUCCCUUUGGCAUUGGUGUUCUAAGUAUUAACCUCUCUAUCUCUGCUGCUGAGAAAUGCCCCUCCAACUAGAAGAACUGGGAUGGAGGUGGUACUGCUACUAUGGUGUUUGUCCUCCCCCUGUACUGCCAGCAGUAGGCCCUGUGGUUGAUGUGCUCAUUUGAAUUUACCUUGUUAGGAACAAAAUAUUACAUAAUGGGGUUGGGAUUUUUUUUAAGCUCCCAAUCCACCUGUAAAAUUCAGGAAAAUGGUUUUCUUGUUUCCUAACAACCAGCCCAGUUUUGAUGUUAAGAUCAUUACCUAGUGUGUCUAACCACUAAGGAAUCGUUGGGUGACCUUUUUCACUUUCACCAGUAUAUUUAAAAUAACCUAAGAUGUUGGCUGUCACUUAAGUGCUUCACAGUGAAACUGAACUUUCCCUCUUCAGGCAUCUGAAGCAAGUUCUGAGCAGUGUAGAGUUCUGAGAGAGGGGGGUCAGGGCCAGGGCUGAGGGGGCAGCCUAAGGGUUGUGUGUCCAGGCCUUCCUCUGGCCCACACAGCCCCUCUCCUGUCGGGUUUACCUUCCCAGGAUUUACCUUCUGCAGCAGCCCCGUAUACUAUAUAUACCUGAGCAUUUGUGUUUGGCUUGGUGUGUGUAUGCUUUCAUUGUGUAAAGUUGCUGUUUUUUGACCAUUGAAGUGACUGUUGGAUUUACUAUAACUGAAAACAAAAAUUGUAAGAAAAAGAUUCCAAUGAUAGUGCUGUGGAUUUAAUUACCAAGAUGUUUACACCUCUCUUUUACCUAUUGUUUUGAGGAACUGUUUUGACUCUUCUCCCUCACUUAAUGGCUUGUAGUCUUUCCUAUGUCAUAAUAAAGCUACAUUUUAUUCUGAAAA